AUGGUCUACAACACCAACGAGGUCCAGUUCGUCGAGUUCGACGUCGCGCAGGAGCUCUGGCAGGCAGAAAUGCAAGCUAGUCGCUUCCGGGUUCGUUUUGUCUCUGCUAUUAAGGAGGGCGUUCGCGAGCUGGUUGUGGGUCCGCGCCGUUCGGGUGCUCGGGAGACGUCCCUUGCUAAGUCCGGCAAAGAUACCGUCCACCACGACACUCUCCAGCAGAACCUCGAACCUCCCAAGGGCACGGGUCUCGACAUGAUGUUCACGCCUGCUGGUUCGAUGGCAGUACCUUGCAACGUCUCCAAGCCGGACCUGCGCCCCAUCUCGUGGAUGUUCAUCAAGCCGGCUCCUCGCGUCGUCCGCUUCGCGGCGGGCGAUGACCUUGAGACCGUGGUGAUCAUUCCUUACGAGGAAGAGUACGAUGCAUUUGUCGAUGAUUAUGCUGAUUACUACAUGGAUGACGAGGAUGAGAGCGAUGAGGAGGAGGUCGUUGUCGCUGUUGUUGAUGAGGAGGACAUGACGGCCGAGGAGAAGAAGGCGUGCGACUUCGACCGUCUGGUUGGAUUUGCUGGUGACGCUGUGCGCAGGCGGCGCGGCGUGGGUGCUGAGCGCAUGUGGGUGGCCGCUCAGUGCUAG